AUUGUUCGGCUGAACAUGGCCAAUGUUUCAAGUUGCGAGAUUGCGCGGCCAAAUUAAAGCAAGAUGGCGGAUUGACACAAUGUAAUUUUUAACGUGGAAUGUAUCAUUUUAACUGUCAGUUUACUCUAGAGGUGGAUCACGGUAAAUCAAAUUUCGGUGAACAAAAGGAUCGCAAUUGAGUGAAUAUUCCGUUGCGAACGACUGGUGAUUCGAUUUCGUUCAAAUAACAUUCUGUUUGCAACAUCAUUGUCGACUUCGACAGUCGGUACGAGACACAAACAUGAGCUUAUUUGUUUAAUUUUAUCGAAUAAUUUUUCUACCGAUAAUUUGUUACUGUUAUAUGACAAAACAUGUCUACACCAAACAAAACACGAGGUCCAGGACGGCCACCAAAGUUAAAAAAUGCUUGUGCUUGGUGUGGAGAAACAAAACAACCCUUGAGGUAUGUUCUUCCCACACAGCACGGUAAAAAGGAAUUUUGUUCUGAAACAUGUUUGUCUGAAUCUCACAAAACUUAUGUACGAGGUGCGUGUGUACAAUGUGAAAAUGUGAUAAAAAGUACACCUGUUAAAUUGGAACAGAAAGAUGGUCCAACAAAAGACUUUUGUUCUACGUUUUGUUUAAAUACAUAUCAAAAGAAAGAAGGUCAAAUGGAUACAAAGAAAAAUAACAGGGAUCAGGGAUCACCAGUACCAUCUCCUGCGUCAUCCGGAUUAGCAAGUAACAAUUACGUACCAUCAACCACACAAUCAUAUACAAGUACAAAUACUCAGACAGUUAUAUCUCAACCAUCGUCAACAUCUGCCGCAGCAUUUCACUAUGAAAGUUACUCGACUUUUGAUUGGGACCUUUAUUUAAGAGAAACAAACAGUACGGCAGCGCCGAUUGAGUGUUUCAAACAGCAAGAAAUUCCACCAGGAAAUGAGUUUAAAAUCAAUAUGAAACUGGAAGCUUUAGACCCACGAAACGUAACAUCAACUUGCAUUGCUACUGUGGUGGGUGUUCUCGGACCUCGUUUGAGAUUAAGAUUAGAUGGCUCCGAUAAUAAAAACGAUUUCUGGCGAUUAGUUGACAGUAACGAGAUAAAUCCUAUCGGUUAUUGCGAGAAAAACGGUGGAAUGCUUCAACCGCCGUUGGGUUUUCGGAUGAAUGCUUCUAGCUGGCCAAUGUUCCUUCUAAAAACGUUGAAUGGUGCCGAAAUGGCACCAAUAAAGAUAUUUAAACCCGAACCAAAGACACCACGUUGUAAUAUGUUUGAAGUCGGACACAAGUUAGAAGCAAUCGAUAAAAAGAAUCCUCAACUUAUUUGCACCGCAACCGUUGGCGCGGUUAAAGAUGAUAUGAUACAUAUUACAUUUGAUGGUUGGCGUGGUGCUUUUGAUUACUGGUGCCGAUACGAUUCUCGGGACAUAUUUCCAGCUGGUUGGUGCUUCAAAAGUGGACACCCGUUGCAACCGCCGAGAGUAAAAACGACAGGUCCGAAUAGAUUCAAGGCGAGGGCUUCUAGCAAUGUUUUGUUAGUAAUGGCAGCUCCCCUUUCUUCAGGCAACACUAGCAGAGAACCAGCAGUAGCAUUAGUGAGCCCGGCAGGUUCUAGCGCACCACCACAGCCAGCGACAGAACCUGACACUAGUACAGCCAAUAGCAAACCACACACACUUGAAAAUAUUACGCUUUAUGUUAAUCAUACUUGCGUUUGUGGACCAUAUUUUGAUCCUCGCAAAGUGAAAGCCAUGCCGUCACAGUUUGGAACUGGUCCCGUAUUAAACGUUGCAAGAGACAUGUUCCAAGCAUUUUUGAUGGCAGCUUUGUUACCCAGACAAAUGUUAAGUUUGAUGAGACGUGGUGAAGGUGAACUUAUAUCUCUAAUACUGGAAAGUAAGCCUACUUCUGUUCGAUUACCUAUUUUUCUGGAAGAGGAAGAUUUCUACACGUACAUUAGGCGGCAACUCGAGGAUCUUCGCGCAUGUGAACAUAUGAUAGUCAGGAGAAAAGAGGCUUGCACUAAGCCUGCUUGUAGCAAGUGUCCUAGUCCCGAACAGUCCAUUAAUAAUGAGGAAGCAAGUACUGUAAUAGGAGAAAAAAGAAAGUGGUCGCAGAAUCAAAAUUUAACAUCUAGCACACAGCAACAACAACAUGUGCAACAGAUUGUUGUACAAAGUAUAAACAAUUCUCCAUCUUCCGUACCUGCAAAACAACCUCGCAAGUCUGUUCCUGAACUUGAAGCAGCCACAUCCACUACUCAAACCGAAACUUCUGCAAGCCGCAUACCUUCUACCGAACCAGCGGAAUGGACUAUUGAAGAUGUAAUACAUUACAUUGCUAUUACAGAUCCAGCAUUAGGUCAACAUGCAGAUUUGUUCAGAAAACAUGAAAUUGAUGGCAAAGCUCUACUUCUUCUCAAUAGCGACAUGAUGAUGAAAUAUAUGGGACUGAAACUCGGACCAGCGCUCAAGAUUUGCAAUUUGGUGAAUCGUAUCAAAGGUAGAAGGCAUAUGCUUAUGUGAAUGAAGUUUUCAAAUGUGAAUAUCUACAUAGUGAUCUGACUUUAUGCAUUUUUUUAAAGUUAAUCAAGAUUAUGUUUUCAUCGAUGAUAGACAUACAAUUUGAGUUAUUACAAAUACUGUGAAUAUAUAUACUAACAAUAUUCUCAGACUUAUAUAUAUGUAUAUGUAAUUUUCCCUCCCUUCCUAGACAUGAGGAUGCGUUCUCAUUGGACGCAUAAAGCGCUUUAAGUGUCAGUUUGUCUUUAUUGCUUUUUAAAUGUAAAGAAUCAAAGAUAGACUGACGCUCAAAGCGCGUGAAGCGAACGCACUUUAUAUAUUAUGGCUGUUUUUCUUCAAACUCUUGCACAUUCAACACACAAAUAAAAUUAAAGGCAGGCUCGUUACAUAACGCAUGUGCGCGCGCGAGCACACACGCACAAUAUAAAUAUAAAAUGUAUAUAGAAAAUAUGCAUAUAUACAUAUUGUGAAAUAAAACAAAAGAAAUCUGCAUUUCCUGGAAUCAAGACGAAAACUUAAUUUCAGCAGACUGAAGUUACUCGCAUUGUUAAAAUAUGUCUUAAUAAUGUCUAAUAGAGGGCGUUGUCUGGAAUAGAUAAUAACGCCUGUCUGAAAAACGUCAGAAAUAGAUCUUAUCGCAGACAUCUUUUAUGAUUGUAUCCUAUAUAAAAAUUUCGUCAAAUAGGAUCUUUGCGAAAUAAUCACGAUAUUAUUUGCUCUUUUUGUGAGAGACGUUUAGAUAUCUCAUACAAUCAUACACUUAUAGUUCUCUUAUUUUAUUCUUGUUAUUUUUAUAGCUGUACAGUAAUAAAAAUAAAUAAUAUUGCUGUUUAACGUUCGAAGAGUAGUCGUAAAUUAAAUACGUGCCUUCACAGAAUUGAUAAAAAUGAAGUUUAUGUUCCUUAUAUAUAAUAAUUAUGUCUAAUUAAUACUAUACUCUGCGUUACAUACACACACACGUGUGUGUGUGUGUGUGUAUAUAUAUUAUACAUACAUAUAGAAUAAAUUAAAUACAUGAAACAUAUCACAAUAGUUUGUCGUGUAAAAAGAGACACAGGAUUGUGUGUAUUAUAACAAUUUCAUAUUACAAAAUGUGUUCGUUUCACAAAGUACAAAAGGAUGAUUAUUCCAACAAAUAAAAUGUGAUUUUAAAUAUUUACACAUAAAUAUCUUUUCAUAUAUAUAUAACACAUUCGUGAGUAGUGAUUUAAAUACCACUUUUUCUUUUAUAUGUGACAGAGCUUUUUAUUGCUUUUAAUAAAGCAAUAGUUUUAGUUAGGAAAUGCGCUAUUUUCUUAUAUUAUGAUGUCACACAUAACUUUGAAAAAGAAUCUUACAUUGUUAUUACAAUGUUUGACAUUAAAUGUGAGAAGAAAACUGUUAUCGUGUCUAGAAUGUUUAAAACACUUUAUGAAAUGUUUGGAAUGUUUAAGUCUGAUUUCCAUUUUUUAACUUUUCUUCAUUUUUUUCGGAGUUUUUGAGCAUUUCCAUGUAAAAAAAUAGUGGCUCUUAUUUAAAUUUUUAACAACACAAUAAUACUAAAUAAACAAUUAAGA